AUCACCUGAUAACAAGGUGAAGUUUGUGAACAGAACAAGGUCCAGUUAUUUUAUACAGCAGUGUGUCUAUGAUACUGAGACAGAUUUUAUUCUUUAACAAUGGCUCUGUACACGAGAGUGAAGGAAUCAAUUGCUGUCAUUACUCUGAAAAACCCCCCUGUUAACGCUCUCAGCACUGCUGUACGCAGAGGGAUAGUGGAGUCACUGUCCCAGGCAUUGCAGGACGAGCAGGUGAAGGCCGUGGUGUUCUGUGGAGAGAACAACACCUUCUGUGGAGGAGCAGACAUUAAGGAGUUUUCGGGCUCCAUGUCUGGUCCUCCUCUGGUUCCAAUGAUCCAUUCCAUAGAGGCUAGUGAGAAGCUGAUAGUGGCGGCCAUAGAGGGCGUAGCUUUGGGGGGUGGACUGGAGCUAGCACUUGGCUGUCAUUACCGUGUUGCUGACACUAAUGCCCGUUUGGGUCUCCCUGAAGUGACCCUUGGUUUGCUUCCUGCUGCUGGAGGAACUCAGCGUCUUCCUCGGCUCAUCGGCAUCACUGCAGCCCUGGAGCUAAUCACCACAGGUCGCCAUAUAUCAGCUAAGGAAGCGCUGAAACUCGGCAUUGUGGAUCAGGUUAUUGAGGGGAAUGCUGUCCUGGCUGCCAUGGCGCUUGCACUAAGUGUUAUAGGUCAGCCACUAAACGCCCGCAGGUUGAGUCUGCAAGCUCCUGCAUGGGUGCCAGAUGUGGAUUAUGUAUGCGAGGCAGCUUUAGCACGGGUGAAGCAGCGUUCUCGCGGAGCGAUGGCUCCAGUGGCAUGUGUUCAGGCCGUCAGAGCAGCGGCCAUGUUGCCCUACAGUAAAGGAAUGGAGAAAGAAAGACAGCUGAUGGACAUGCUCUUUAGGUCCAGCCAAGCUCGAGCCAUGCAGUACGCCUUUUUUGCACAGAGGAGUGCUGGGAAAUGGAGUCUUCCUAAUGGGGCACAGUGGAACAACACCAAGGCCAGGAAUGUUGAACGAGUUGGAGUCAUAGGUCUGGGCACUAUGGGUCAGGGCAUUGCUGUAUCCCUAGUUAAAGCAGGAAUAUCUGUAGUUGCCAUAGAGGUGGAUACAAAGCAGUUGGAGUUGGGUAAGAAGGCGGUGACUGCCAUGCUGCAGAGAUACGCUCAGAGACAGGGAGUCAGUUCUCCUUUACACCUUCUCAAAUUCACACUCUCAUUCCACCAACUGAGGGAUGUGGACCUGGUCAUCGAGGCUGUGUUUGAGGACAUGAACCUUAAAAAGCGUGUUUUUAGUGAACUAUGCAAAGUGUUGAAGGAAAACACCAUUAUAUGCACCAACACAUCAGGGCUGAAUGUAGAUGAGCUCGCGGCAGUCACCGAUCGACAGCACCUGGUGGUCGGGAUGCAUUUUUUCGCUCCAGCUCACGUCAUGAGGCUUCUCGAAGUUGUUUAUGGAUCAGGAUCAUCACCUGAAGCUGUUGCAAUAGCAAUGGCACUUGGAAAGAGAAUGCAAAAGGUGUGUGUUGCUGUGGGAAACUGCUCUGGCUUUGUGGGUAACCGCAUGUUAAAGCAUUAUAUGGAUCAGUCUGUCUACCUGCUGGAGGAAGGAGCCACUCCUGAGCAAGUGGACCAGGCUCUCGAGGAGUUUGGAUUCGCCAUGGGGAUCUUCAAAGUGGCCGAUCUGUCCGGUUUGGAUGUUGGAUGGAGAGUUCGUAAAGCUUCUGGUUUGAUCAGUCCCGACAUUGACCCAGUAAAGCCUUCACGAUGGCGGUUUGGACGGAGAUAUUGCCCUCUUCCUGACAUGCUGUGCCAACAGGGACGCUUGGGGCAGAAAACAGGCCAUGGAUGGUACCUCUACAACUCUCCUGGGUCCAAAGAAGCAAAGUGUGAUCCGGAGAUCCUAAAAUUCCUGGAGGAUUACAGGCUUAAGUAUGGGAUCAUACCACGGCGUAUCUCCUCACAGGAAGUGAUCGAAAGAUGUGUCUUCAGUUUGGCCAAUGAGGGACUCCGUAUCCUGGAGGAGGGGAUAACGGCAGGUCCAGAAGACAUUGACAUUAUCUACUUGUUUGGUUAUGGAUGGCCAAGAUACCGCGGAGGUCCGAUGUUUUAUGCAGCUCAGGUUGGGUUGUCUGUUGUGCUGGAGAAACUGGAGCAUUAUCACCACCUUCAACCAGAUGUGCCGAGUCUAGAGCCAAGCCAAUUACUGAGGAAACUGGUGGCUGAAGGAAGUCCACCAAUACAGCAGUGGAAGAGCCAUAUCAAGAACCUGCACAGUCAACUGUAAACUACGUGGUAAAUACUUGCAACAUUUUAAAGGAAAUGUUAAUGAUCAGAAUGCCACUCAUCAAGUUCCAGGAGGAGAGCUCAGCUUUACACUCGAAAACUGUAAUGUGGUCAGAAAUAUCAAGUUUUUAUUGUUCUUUUUUUAAUAAAACACACCAAUAGAUUGCCACCACAACAAAAAUAAUAAUUAGUUUUAAUAAUAAUAUAAUUAUAAUUUUUUUGUUUUAUUUUGUUUGUUUUGUUCAUUUCAGUGGUGAUUUCUGGAUCAACAUUGUGCAGUACUGUGUACAGUUCUGUCAUCUCUGAUCAGUGUAAAGCAUUAAUAUGUGAGAUGGUACUUGGUUAUACUCAGCAGGUACUAGAUAGUCCACUAGACUGUACAAAAUGUAAGUGUGUCAUGCAUAAUCAAAGACAGGGAGGACCACUCAAUAAAGGAAAAACUUUAUUUUAUUUUGAAACACUAAGCCUUAAACAUCCACCCAUUCGGAUGGGAUUAAACGUACAUGGGGCCCUAGAAUAGCUUCUUAUUUUUCAGGUUCUACUCUGUGAUAUUACGCAUGUCCAGAUCAGCCAUGUCAGUGUUUUAUCUUUCCUCAAAUAAAGUUACAUGCUGAAUUAUUCACUAAA